AUGAGCGGGGAAGCAGAGCUAAGAGUGACUUUCUUCCCUCCACUCUAUCUUCAGAGAAGAAUAUGGGUGCUAGACGUCCUUCGCCGCGAGCAGGUCACAGAGAUCGUAGACAUCGGGUGCGGGGAGGGUCAACUACUCGCAGUUCUCUGUCAACCUGCACUUUGUCUUCCCCCUCCUGACCCUGGCGUAUUGACAUCUCCUAGCGACGCGACUGCAACCCCAAUCCAAGCGGGUGAUCUCGAUCUCCACCCGAGGCGCAUCACCGGCCUCGAUAUCUCAUCUCACGCACUUGCAUCCGCGAUCGAAGACACCUCCCCCGCUGCCGCAAACGCAUCAUACACACGGUGGGAACCACUCGAAGUCAACAUCUGGCAUGGCGGACUCGAGAUCUUCAACCCAGCCUUUGUCAAUGCAGAAUGCAUCGUUGCAACAGAGGUCGUCGAACACCUUCCAGAAGAAAUUCUCGCUGAUUUCACGCCCAUGAUCUUGGGCGUGUACCACCCUCGCUGUCUUCUCGUGACAACCCCAUCGUACGGGUUCAACGCGCGUUUCAGCCCUCCUGGCUUGACGAACACCGCCACUGGCUUCCCCGAUCCUACGAAACGCACAGAUAGGGUGUUCAGGCACCACGAUCACAAAUUUGAAUGGACAGUCGAAGAGUUCCAGCAGUGGUGCAGUGGCAUUGCGCAGGAAUGGGGAUACGAUGUGGAUACGACGACUAUUGGCCGUGCACAGGAGAAAGAUAAGUGGGGCCGGGAUGAACAGCUAGGGGGUGCGAGCCAGGUUGCCGUCUUUAAGCGUCUUGAAGGCGAGGCUUGGGCUACGACACGUGAGGAGAAGAGUGCCCAGAUGAAAGAAAAGUCAAAAAGCCAAAAGGACCAUCGUCUACUGGAAACACACCACUACGACGCGCAUGUCCGUGCGGGAAAACGAGGGUCGGCCGAUGAGAUUGCAAAGGCUGUAUUGGACAAGUUUGAAGAAUGGGAAGAAGCUGAGUUGCGAUUGGAAGAAAUCUGGUUUGUAGAGGAGAUCGGGGUGAUGUGUGGUGGGUGGUUCGAAGUUUUGAUCGAGGCUAUCGAGGGAAAUGCGAAGUUUAAUCUUCAAAGAAGCAAGGACCAGAGAAGGGGAGAUUGGCGGGUGCUGCUUGAUGGAGGCAGACCUGGGAAGAAGAAGAGGACAUCAGAGUGGGCUCCGGAAGAACCGACGGAUGAUUUGUUUGACGAAGUCGUACAGGAAGGAUAUCGUUCUGAUGACGACCCAGGAUUCGACUGGGGAAGUGGUCUGUAUUCUUCAGACUCUGGCGUUGACCUUUUGUGGGACAUUAGCAAAGAAGGUAAUGCAUGGGCGAGGCAGUCUGCUUGGACGUGCGAGUCUUCGGAAGAGGACGCAGUUGACUGGAGCAGGUGGAGCACCUUAUCUGCAGCUUGGGACCUUGAUAGACCAGAAUGA